UAUAAGGCAAAAUACGAAAUUUGGCGAAAUCAGCUGUAUAGUUCUGAGAAAGUGAAUUUUAAGAAAGUUGAAUGUUAAAAAGUAAUUUUUUGUUUGUUUUUGUAUUAGUGUAUAAAUAUUUUAAGUCAAGUUUUAAACUUAAAAUUUCGAAAAACAGGACAUAAACAGAGGGACGUAUUUUUAAUUGUUCACUUUUCAACAACCAUUAUAUAAAUUUAAGGUAUACAUUUCGAACCAUGAAUAUUGCAUUUCAUGCGUGAAAAUAACUUUACUCAUUAUGUUCUGUUUUUCUUUCCGAAGCAAUGCAAUUAUUUAAAAAUUUUCAUUGUAUAAUAGUAUUGUUUCGUCAUAAAACUUAGAGUACUCAUAAUUGAUCAUAAAACUUAUAACACAAGCCAGUUCUCAAUAAAAGGCAUUUUUAUUACCAGUCUGUUACACGUGUCAUUCUCUUUAAAUUUUAUUAGAUGAAACGUGAUAGCACAAAAACUUGACACUUAAACUGUUUCUUUUUCAUUAACCAUUAUUUUAUAACAAUCAGACUUACUUAAAGCAAAAUUAUAUUUAGCUUAAAUACACAAUGAUGAAAAUGUUGUGAAAUCUUAUGAAGAGAAUCAUUCUAUAUGCAAUGGAAAUAUGUAAUAUACUGAAAUGUCAAUGUGAAAAUAUGUUCCAGGUAAUGCUCUGUUCUAUAGAAUUUAUUCAAGAUAACAGGUGUAAAGAACCCAGGAAGUCAUCUAGAAUUUAAGUUUCAAUGGCAUUUAUUUCCUUGCGUAAUCGCAAUCAAUGUGCACUGUUACUUCUGUUUUGCUUGGCAAUAUACUUCCUAUUCAGUUGGUUUAUAAUAGGAAAAAGUUCACAAAUUUUAAAUGAUGCAACGGACAUUAAGAGGAGAUCGGACAUCCAAAAUAUACACAACAUAGAACAAAUACACAUAGAGGAUGAAGCAUUUAUUCACAAAGAUCAGUUAUUAAUUACAUUAAAUUAUGAAACGAGCCUUGCAAACUUCAAUAAAUAUGAUAAUUUUAUUUCUAAGCGCAAUAAACAGCCUUUCAUGCGCGCAAGAAUUGACCCGAAAAAAGCGUUUAAUGGUAUUGAUGGUUUGCUAGCAUCGCAGAAGCGCGUAAGCACAGUCUCACCUACGCAUCAUCCACAAAUUGAAAUGAAGCCAGACAACAUAGAAGAAGACGUUUAUUUGAAAACAGGGCUUAAUACAGUGUCUCCAACAUAUUCACCAGACCUCGAAUUGCAGCCAGACAAUAUAGAAUCAGCUGUUUCUCUAAAAACUCCAUCGUUGUCGGAAGAACAAUUAAACUCUGACGAUAUAUCAGAAUUCAAUACAAAAAACCAAUAUAAUUCUACAGAAAAUUUAACACGUCACUUUAUCGCCACUAAUCAUACCAAAAAUCCUGCUUUUAUAAUAGACACUAUGGGUUGCAGAAUACCAAAACUGGAUCCAUGGGAUCCAACUAUAGUUCAGUUUAUUGAGCUUCUUGAUCCAUUAAUAUGCUCCAAUCGCCCUUCAUUCAUGACUCCUGAACCAAACGGGGUCGUUCAUUUAAAUGAGUCAGUGCUACAAAAAUACUACAAUUCCGCACCAGGUGAUAUGGAAUGUUUAUAUCAAGAAGUACGACUUAAUUCUACAACAUCUAUGAUUAGAGAAGACACAAUCUAUUUGAUGAACCAAAAGCCAUUAGUAUUCAAUACACCUAUUGAUGCAGAACAUAUUGCUGCUAUAUGUUAUUUUAAUAACAGCAAUACUCAUGAGCAGUACAUGCCUCUCACAAGACUCAAAGCGAAAGUGGAAGAAAAAAAAUCUAAACUUAUACCUUCUUCCCAUCUAAAUGUCAUUCUCUACGGUAUUGAUUCCAUUUCUAAACUAAAUUUCUUCAGACAUUUUAGACAGACAAAAGCUUUUCUAAAAGACAAAAUGAACAUAUUUGACAUGAAAGGUUACACAAAAGUGGCUGAUAACACAUUCCCUAACUUGGUACCAAUGCUCACCGGUUAUUUUGUUGACUACUUCUGGAAUGAAUCUAUUGCAGACACAUUCUUUUUUGACAACAUGAAUUUGAUUUGGAAGGAUUAUUCCCGACAAGGGUACAGAACAUUUUUUGCUGAAGAUGCUCCCUUUAAUGGGAUCUUCAAUUACUAUAAAAGAGGAUUUCUUGAGCAGCCUACAGAUUAUUAUUAUAGACCACUAGCUCUGAUGAUAGAAAAGUCUGUAGUAAGACACGAAGCUAAAAAAUAUAACUCAACAUGUUUGAAUUCAGAUUUAGAAAUGGAUCUUAUCAAUGACUACUUAAAGAAUUUUGUGAAAACAAUGGGAAGCAGGCCUUAUUUUGCUUUCGUCAUGCAUUCUACUCUUACACAUGAUUUAGUGAACUAUGCAAGUUACACUGAUUUUCCCACAGUUAAGCUGCUAAAAGCACUCGAUGAACACGGAUCUCUAAAUAAUACACUUUUGAUAAUGUUCAGUGACCAUGGUAUACGAUAUGGGGAUCUACGAUUCACAUAUAUAGGUAAAUUCGAAGAGAGGAUGCCAUUUAUGUACAUACACAUACCCAAAUGGUUUUUAAAGCAGCAUCCAGAUAUCGAAAGAAACUUUUUCGUUAACCAAGACAGACUCAUCACACUUUUUGAUAUCCAUGCAACUUUGAAGCAUUUACUUCAUCUGGAUCAAGAUUUUAUGGAGGAUAAAGACGAAUACGGGUUGAGCCUGUUUAAUGAAAUACCUGAAACUAGGACAUGUGAAGAUGCUGAAAUACUCCAACAUUGGUGUCCUUGUACUAGUUUCGAUCCAGUACCUUUGAACAACCUGACUGUAGUAAACGCCGCAGAGGAAAUCGUUAAGCACAUUAACAAAAUGCUACUUCCUUACGCAGAUGUGUGUAGAACAUUAGAGGUCAAAGAAAUAACUGAUGCUCUACGAGGAUUGCCAAAUGAUAUAGUACUGAAAUUCAUAGGCCAAGAAGGUGUGGUCGAAAAUGCAAGGAUUGCAAUCGGCCAAGCACCUCCAACGCUUGGAGAUUAUCUAAUAACUUUGAGAACACAACCAGGGGACGCUAUGUUUGAAGGUACUGUGCGAUACGACGAGGAAAAUAAUAUCACAAGUGUAUUGGAUAUCAGUAGAAUUAAUAUGUAUGGAAAACAGUCAUGGUGCAUAGACAGUCCAAGGCUUAAGUUGUAUUGUUAUUGUAAAACUCAACUUAAAUGACAGAUAUCAUAGUAUGUGGAAAAAAUUAGCCGAUACUUAACAAUUGUAAACACUUAACUGAAUUUUAUACGAAUUUUAAAAAACUACAAAGCCUAGAAAUAAUUUUUAGUAACACAAAAAUUUGCCAGCCCUAAAAUUACUGAACUAGGAAAUCUUAUGGAAAAUGCAAAUUGAGUCGUAAUUAAUUGUAUAUUGAGUCAAGUAAAAACGAAUUAUCUUAACCACUUUCAUGAGUAUGCAUGGUGUGCUUAAGAAAGAAUGCUCUAAGUUAAGAAUGCUCUAAGUAAGAAAUUUUUAUCAAUAAUUGUUCUAAGGUUUUCAAUGUGUUAAUACUAGAAUCCCCCACCUUUUAAUUUUUAAGCGACGGACUUGUCCAGAUAAAAUUUCUCUUAACGCUGCAGAAAGUUCUUCUGGCAUACAUGGUAUUAGUUUUAUGCUCUCUCAAAACGAUUUGCAUGGAAGCAUUGAAAAGUUAACUCUGGAAACUAAAUUCCUUUCCUAGUAAUUGGUAGAAAUUCGGUUUUCAGUGUUUGGUUUAGUACUUUUCCUUUUAUAUAGAUCUCAGAAAACAAUUUUAAUUCUUUUGACUCAACAUAACAUAUAAUACUUAUAGAUUGUUUAUUAUUAUUAUUUUGUAAAUCAGACUAAUACUUAUCCUUUACUGCCAGCAUUUAAAUUAUUUGUUUUCAAACAUUAUAAAUAUUUACGUUGUAGUAAAUUGUCAUCAUAUUAGUGAUGAAAUGCUGCUAUAUAUUUUCAACGUAGGAAAUAAAUUUUAAAUAAUAUUA